AUGGCGGACAACGCCGAACUCGAGUCGUUUCGGCGACAAUGGCGUGAAGAAGUUGCGCGUCGCUCCAGACCUACGCCGCCUCGGCCGUCGCAACCAAGACAGACGACGACGCCGUCCACAGCCCGCCCAAGUCAAUUCCCGCCCACUCGCCACGAAAUAUCCGAGCGAAAGGAGAUUGAAGAUGAGGAAGGGGCAGCGUCGCUUGACCAGGGGGAAAUCGUUCAGGGUGUCGGUCAAUUAAACCUGAGCGCAUCCGAUGAGGAUGCAUUCCACUCGCAAACGCCUCGGAAAGAACCCAAAUCUGCCCUCGAGCACUUCGAACGAGCGGUCGAGAAGGAGGCGGAGGGGAACCUGGGGGAUAGUUUGCAGCAUUACCGGAAGGCCUAUCGGUUGGACUCGGCGGUCGACAAAACGUACCGCGACAAGCAUUUUGCCUGGGCGUGGAAGAAACCGGCACAAGCUCCCUCCGCUGCGAACAAGACUGCCCCCACGGUUCAACAGUCCGACGAUGUUCCUGAGACGCUGCCAACACCUGAGCUCAUUGCGUCGUUUGCCCACCUUCCCAUUCCGCAGGCGGAACCCGUUAUUGAAAACACCCCUCCGCCUCCCUGUCCCAUUGCAAAUGUCCCGUCCGAGGUCUUGGUUGAGAUUCUCAGGCACGUAGCAUUGAUGGACCCUGCGUCUUUCUGUCGGACCUCGUUGGUUUGCAAGCGCUUCGCCUAUCAUUUUGCCAACGAACAGCACAUCUGGAAACGUCUCUGCCAGGGCUCUGAAUUUGGCUUCAAGGCAAUGCACUAUUCCUUUGCCUGUGACAUCAUGGGCCACCGGGAGUACACUUUGGGACCGCGCUAUACGCUUUUCCCUAUGGACUCUUCGGUUCAAAUCCCCAAGCCUUUGUCUUCCUGGAACGAGGUGUUUCAAAUGUACCCGCGCAUCCGCUUCACAGGUAUCUACAUCAGCACCGUCAACUACACCCGCCCUGGUGCGGCUUCAUCAUACCAGAACGUCGCGUGGAAUAGUCCUAUCCACAUCGUCACCUAUUACCGAUACCUACGGUUCUACCCCGACGGAACCGUAGUCUCCUUGUUGAGCACCGUGGAGCCGCUGGACCUGGUGCCGUACAUUAGCAGGGAGAACGUGAUGGCAGCGCGAGCAGUAUCUCACAAGCAACACCAUCGUCACACCUCCGAAGCAGGUCAUGCAUUAUCUGGAGCGACAGAACCAAUCCCUCCCGUCGCGAUGGGAGCGCUGAAACAGGCCCAACGAGGUCGCUGGCGCUUAGCUCACCCGUCGCCGAGCUCUGAAUCGCCUGAAGAGGACGCACCGACAGAUCCGAUCUCCGAUUUCCUAUCGUCUACCGGUAAAACUUCGUCGGAUGACAUGCUCGAUCCCCGGGACAUUGUCAUUGAGACAGAGGGCGUAGGCCCAAAGUACACUUACGUCCUUUACCUGUCCCUUCGGUCGACUGGGACGGCAUCCCGCCCUAAUUCCGGCGAAGCACCGCCUAAUACCUCGAAGAAUACGAAGUUGGCCUGGAAAGGCUACUGGAGCUAUAAUAAGCUCACUGACGAUUGGGCUGAAUUCCGACUACGAAAUGACCGAGCAUUUGCAUUCCGGCGUGUUCGGGGCUGGGGUAUGAACUAG